AACCCUCUUCUUCGAAACUCCACUUUCUACUCUACCCAUUUCAGCCAUCACACCCUCUUUCUCUCUCCUCUCUUUCUCUCUCAUUUCAUUUCAUGGAUCCAAUCUCAUAUCACAACAAUAUUACAUAAAAUUAUUUCUAAUAAUAUUACUCCCAAAAAAAAGUUACAUAUUAUAUGCUCACUUUUGAGAAAAUCAUGCUCAUCUUCAACUUCAAUCCCAGAAAUUGGUAAGAAACACCCACUUGUUUCUUUUACCAGAUAGAUAAAUAAUGCUUGAUCUUUUCCCUGUUCUUCUCUUUCGCUCUAAAAUCUGGGUUCGUAAACGUAAAAAAAAUCUACCCACUUCUUAAAUUUCUUCUCUUUUUCUUUCAAUUUUGUGUUUUUUUAUUAAUCUAACAAUUCCCCUGUAUAAAUCCCUGUAAUUAUUGGUUAUUGAUUUUCUGGGUUUGAUUUGUUUGAUUUUGUACAUAAAUCCCCCCUUCCCCCCCCCCCCCCCCCAAAAAAAAGAAAUUAGUGGGUAGUGUGUGAAAUUUGCACAAUUGGAAAAAUUGGAAAGAUGAGUUUAGGUGCAGCAGAGGAAGAAAGUAAGGAAGAAAUCCAUAUACCAGCUGAUAUAAACUGGGAAAUGUUGGACAAAUCAAAAUUCUUCAUUCUGGGUGCUGGAUUAUUUUCCGGUGUAUCGGCUGCUUUAUACCCAGCUGUAGUUCUCAAGACCCGGCAACAGGUUGGCCCAUCUUCGCAACGAUCAAGCAGUCUUAAGACUGCUAUGUUUAUCGUGCGAAGCGAGGGGUUCCGAGCCCUCUAUAGAGGGUUCGGAACCUCUCUGAUGGGUACAAUCCCCGCGAGGGCGCUCUAUAUGACCGCCCUCGAGGUGACUAAGAGUAGUGUGGGGUCUGCCACUCUUGGACUCGGAGUGGCAGAACCCACAGCUGCUUGUAUAGCUAAUGCUGCAGCAGGUGUAUCUGCUGCAGUAGCAGCUCAGCUGGUGUGGACCCCAGUUGAUGUUGUCACACAAAGGUUAAUGGUGCAGAAUACUAGGAGUGAAAGUACUUCUAAUUUUGGCAAGAUUAGAUAUGCUAAUGGGAUUGAUGGGUUUAAACAGAUCAUUAAAGCAGAUGGAUUGAGAGGUUUAUAUAGAGGUUUUGGGAUUUCUAUAUUGACUUAUGCGCCUUCCAAUGCUGUUUGGUGGGCGUCUUACUCGGUCGCUCAACGCCUCAUUUGGGGUGGGAUUGGGUGCAAUUUUUGUAAGAAGGGUGAUCCUUGUGGUGCUGAUGUUGCUGGUACUACUUAUAGGCCGGAUUCAAAGGCGGUUAUGGUGGUUCAAGGAGUGAGUGCUGCAUUGGCUGGGGGUGCUUCUGCUCUGAUUACAAUGCCAUUGGAUACCAUCAAGACAAGGUUGCAAGUGUUGGAUAGUGAGGAGAAUGGACGUGGUAAAGGGCCUACGGUGGUUCAAACGUUGCGUAAUUUAGUCCGGGAAGGUGGGUGGACGGCCUGCUACCGAGGGCUAGGGCCACGGUGGGCAUCAAUGUCAAUGUCAGCUACCACUAUGAUCACUACUUAUGAGUUUCUUAAGAGAUUAUCAGCUAAAAACCAAGAGGGUGUGACAUAGUUUAGGUCAAUCAAUAUACAGGGGAAAAGUGGAAAGAAGAGAUCAAAAUCAAAAUGUAAUGAGAGAAUAAGAUUUUUUCAGUUUUGUAACUCUUAAGAUCUCCUUGUUCAAAAUCCUUUAAUUUUGUUAAUUUUGACAAGAGAUUGGAGUUCUGAUGAAUGUAAUCUCUUUCAACUUCACAAAAUCUGAAUAUAUGUUCUUUUUUGACAAA